AUGCCUAUGCUGAAGGAUCCUUCCAAGAAGUACCGGGCUUUUCCGCCUGUGCAUCUGCCCGACCGGCAAUGGCCCUCCAAGACCAUCACCAAAGCCCCGCGAUGGCUGUCGACCGAUCUCAGAGAUGGCAACCAGAGCCUGGUCGACCCCAUGAACGGCGAUGAGAAGUGGCAAUACUUCAAGAUGCUCUGCGAGCUCGGCUACAAGGAGAUCGAGGUAUCCUUCCCCUCGGCCUCUCAAACCGAUUUCGACUUCACGAGGCGCCUGAUCGAGACCCCUGGUGUCGUUCCCGACGAUGUCUACCUCCAAGUCCUGUCCCCCUGCCGCGAGGACCUCAUCCGGCGCACCGUCGAGUCCGUCAAGGGCGCAAAGAACGCCAUUAUCCACAUCUACCUUGCCACCAGCGAGUGCUUCAGGAGGAUAGUCUUUGGCUUCACCGAGGAGGAGAGCAUCGAGCUCGCCACUAAGUGUGCCAAGCUGGUGCGCUCCCUGACCAAGGACGACCCGUCCCAGCAGGGCACCAACUGGUCCUUCGAGUUCAGCCCCGAGACCUUUUCCGACACAGGCACCGACUUCGCCAUCAAGAUCUGCGAGGCCGUCAAGGCCGCCUGGGAGCCGACUGCCGAGAACCCCAUCAUCUUCAACCUGCCCGCCACCGUCGAGAUGGCAACGCCCAACGUAUACGCCGACCAGAUCGAGUACUUCUCCCGCAACAUCUCGGAGAGGGAGAAGAUCUGCAUCUCGCUGCACCCUCACAACGACCGAGGCUGCGCUGUAGCCGCGGCAGAGCUGGCCCAGAUGGCUGGAGCAGACCGAGUCGAGGGCUGCCUGUUCGGCAAUGGAGAGCGCACAGGGAACGUCGACCUGGUCACUCUGGCCCUGAACCUCUACACCCAGGGCAUCACGCCAAACAUCGACUUCUCCGACCUGCAAAGGGUCAUCGGGGUUGUCGAGAUCUGCAACAAGAUCCCGGUCCACCCUCGUGCCCCCUAUGGUGGUUCCCUGGUCGUUUGCGCCUUCAGCGGUUCCCACCAGGACGCUAUCAAGAAGGGCUUUCAGCUGCGGCAGCAGGAGAACAAGGAGUACGACGACUACUGGCAGGUGCCAUACCUGCCUCUGGAUCCCAAGGAUAUCGGACGAGACUACCAGGCGGUCAUCCGUGUCAACUCCCAGAGCGGCAAGGGCGGUGCUGCCUGGAUCAUUCAGCAGUACCUCUACCUCGACCUGCCUCGUGGUCUGCAGGUCGAGUUCAGCCGGACCGUGCAAAAGGUGGCCGACGAGCGCAGCCGCGAACUCCUGCCCGUGGAGAUCACGGAUCUGUUCGAGCAGACAUACUUCCUCAAGGAGAACCCACGGUUCAGCCUGGUCGACUACGAGAUCAAGCCUGAUCGCUCGCAGAGCCCUGCCCCGCCGGCCGCGGGCAAGACUCAAGACACCAGGAAUCUGAGGCGUGUAUUUGAUGGUGUCAUCUCCGUCGGCGGCAAGGAGUACAAGCUGUCGGGCCGUGGCAACGGUCCCAUCUCGUCUCUGGCCAACGCCCUGCGGUCCGUUGGCGUCGACCUCGAGGUCAACGACUACAAGGAGCACUCCAUUGGUCGUGGUCGGGACGUCAAGGCUGCUACGUACAUCGAGUGCACGGCGGCGGGAAGCAACCAGAAGGUGUGGGGUGUGGGUAUCCACGAGGAUGUUGUCCUCAGUUCCCUGCACGCUAUGCUGAGUGCUGCUAGCAACUUUGUCGUCAGCCGACCCGGCAGCCCUCAGCUGUCUCGCCCAUCGGCGCCUGCCGCUGAUGGCCAGGGCGAGGUCAACCCCGAGCUGCAGCCGAGCACCAAUGGGACUGCCAAGAAGGGCGAUCUGAUUAGCGCUCUGGACGCCCAGGCCGACGAGAUGUAA